AUGAAUGUCUCCCAGUGGUACUGUGAGAUCCGAGAGACUGAGAUCAUUGACCCCCAGGACCUCCUAGAAGGCCGAUACUUCUCUGGAGCUCUUCCAGAUGAUGAGGAUGUCGGGGGACUUGGGCAGGAACCUGAUGACUUUGAGCUGUCUGGCUCUGGAGAUCUGGAUGACUCAGAGGACCCCGAGAUCUUCCCUGAAGUGAUCCGACCCUUGGAGCCUCUAGAUAACCACAUCCCUGAGAGGGCAGGGCCUGGGAGCCAGGUUCCCUCUGAACCCAAGGAACUGGAGGAGAAUGAGAUCAUUCCCAAGAGGAACUCGCUCUUUGAAGGGGAUGAGGAUGUGUCCAACAAGGUGUCCAUGUCCAGCACUGCCCAGGGCAGCAACCUCUUUGAGAGAACAGAGGUCCUGGCAGCUCUGAUUGUGGGCGGCGUUGUGGGCAUCCUCUUUGCGGUUUUCCUGAUCCUGCUGCUGGUGUACCGCAUGAAGAAGAAGGACGAAGGCAGCUACGACCUGGGCAAGAAACCCAUCUACAAAAAAGCCCCCACUUACGAGUUCUACGCAUGAAGCUUCUUCACGGGCACUGGCUUGGACUUUAAGGGGGAGGGAAGCCAGAGGAUUUUGAAGGGUAGACAUUAGGGUAGAGGGAGGGCAACCUAAUACUGACUUGUCAGCGACUCCAGCUCUGAUUACCUUUUAAGUAUCAGAAGAGGCAUCAUCUUCUCCUGUUCUGCCUGGCUCGUCUUGAUUCUUUAGGCCUCAGUUGCCCCAGCAGAAAAAUGGGGUUAAACUUGACAUUUCUGAAAUGAAGCCUAGGAUUGGAUUGUUUCUUAAACUUCCAGUUUAGAGUCUAGAACCAGCUUAGGGCCUAUUCCACACUUGCCUCAUGCAGAGCUCCUCUGAAGCCAGGGGGCUGGCUCAGGGGUAUUGUAUGAGUUCUGAUUGGAGGUCUGCCCCCAGCAGCCUUCCUCCCUCCCUUUCACAGCCUGUCCCUUUGCCAGAAAUUAGGAGAAGGAACUAGAAUCAUCUGCAUCUUGAGACUUGUCCAUCUAUGAGUACCUGUGAUCACACUACCGGAGUCUCUGUGGUAUAUCUUGGGCCAUUCUAGGCUCUUUCAAGUGACUUUUGGAAAUCAACCUUUUUUAUUUGGGAAGGGCGGGUGGGGAGAAGAGCUACAAGUUCAUGCCGAAAUGGAUUUGUAGAAUUUUUUUUUUUUUGGCAGCUGGCCAGUACAGGGAUUGCCCUGGACCUUGGUGUUAUCAGCACCACACACUAACCAACUGAGCUAAAUGGCCAGCCCCUGGAUUUGUAGAAUAUUUGUAAAUCUGUUUUUAGUGCAUUUUGUUUGUUUUUUUUAAACGGUUCAUUCCUUCGUGCAGAGCCUCUCUCUGCCUGGGCAAGAGUGUGGCAAUGCCAAGAUAUUCUUCACUCUCUCACGUAUUCCCACAGCACCUGCUAAGUUUAUAUUUAAUGGCAGUUUUUUUGUUUGUUUUUGUUUGUUUCUUGAAAGUGAGAGAAGAGCCGGAGAUAUGAUUUUUAUUAAUUUUUUUAUUACUAUUUAUAGCUUCAGACAGGGCCUCUCCUUCCCACUUCCCUCUUUCCUCUCUUUCUUUAAACUCCCUCCCCAUUUUUUUUUUUUAUACUCCACACUCCUCUGCUCAUGACCUUGGCCCUUUCUGAGGCUGCUUCCUGUAAGAAGUAACUUUUGCUGAAACAUAGUUUUCUAGCAGAUCCCAAAAUAUAAUGAAGGGGAUGGUGGGGUAUUUGUGUCUAUGUUCUUGUAAUAUAUUAUUCUUCCUUGGUUCUAGAAAAAUAGAUAAAUAUAUUUUUUCAGGAAAUAGUGUGAUAUUUCCAGUUUAAUGUUGGCUGGGUGGUUGAGUGAGUGAAUUUUUGCGUGGUUUGGCACCGCUUUAUCUGUCCUGUUCCUGGUGCCUUCUCCUGAUUGGGCUGGAAUAGUUGAGGCAGAUGGUUUCUACUCUCUUCUGCCUUCUGCUUGGGGCCCAGUUGGUGUUCUUUGGUUUGCUUUCUUCAAGCUCUAGGGCUACACUCUCCAAUGCAGUAACCCCAUGUGACUUUUUAAAUUUAAGUUAAUUCAAAUCUCAUAAAGUUAAAAAUUCAUCCCUCACUUGCACUAACCACAUUUCGAGUGCUCAGUCACCACAUGUAACUUGUGGCUACUGUGUUGACCAUGCAGAUAGAGACCAUUUCCAUCUAUUGUACAGCACUGCUCUAGGGAACUAAAAUGGCUUAACAAGUCACAGCCUCAGCUUUGCUGGGACUACCCUUAACUCCUGGGUAUGGGGAAGGGGGAAUUGGGGAGGGCCGAUAAGGCCCCAGCUAGGGCCUGCUUUCUGGGACCCUCCCUGUCCAGACCCCACUGGCUGGGCUGGGGGGAAUUGUUCUCUCUUGUCGCACCCAGUGGCUGUUAGCUACUGUUGCCACCUCAAUCCCAGGUCCCAGCUGGCUGGGUCCUCUUCUACUUCCAAUGCCCUUUUCCUCGGGCUGUGUUGGAGUGAGCACCUCUUCUGUAGCCACCUCUCACACUGUUGUCUGUUACUGAUUUUUUAUGAUAAAAAGAUAAUAAAAUCUGGUAAUUUCUAGAU